AGAUUUAACAACUUUAAAAUAUGGCCUCCUGUCAAAUCUAGUGUCCUAUUGGUCAUCCAUCUGUUCCACCUUCCAACAUACAAUGCCUUCACAUGUUCAUAGAAAGCUCUAAAAACUUUCUUUUGAAAGAUAAUAACUUUUUGAAAAGGAAAAUAAGGGAAAUGGAUACUUACUCCCAAAAGAUUUCAUUUCCCCAUAAUGGAAAUGUUAAGGACGAUGAAAAAGAUUUAGUUGAAGGAGAAAAUAGUAGUCCGAUACACACUAAAUCUGGUAUCAGACAAAAUGGUUUACAUAAACUUGAUGACAGGAAAUAUAUAGAAGCAUUUGUUCAUGGAGGAUUUGAUUCUUAUGUGGAAAAUGGCUUAGAGUUCCAGCACAAUAAGUUUCUACAGAAUGGCAGGACAGCAAUGGAUGUGUUAAAUGGCAAGAGGGUGGCUAAACAAGCCUGGGGGGAUCAUAGAGACAGUGGCUCCGUUUGUAGCAGUGAUGAGGCCACGGCCAACACACAGUUGCAGGAUAUUCCAGGGGGAUUUAGGGCCAAACCCAACACUCCAGCCAGCAUAUACCAGCCAAACAGAAACAUAAAACCCAGCUCAAGGGUUGAUGGCUGGGAGGAUCCUGAGAGGAUGAUUCAGAGUGUGAGUUCUGGUCUGUCAGUGAGAGAUGAUGUCAUGACACAUGACAGGCAGAUGAUAUUUGACUCAUCGUUGUCCGGCUAUUACCUGGUCACACAAGACAAACCGGCACCAAUGGAACCUCUCCAGGUAUGGAGAGGAUAUAAAGGCAAUGUUUAUUUCCAGCCAAUUGUAAUUAAAAAAUUGAACAGUGCGCCAUCCAGACCCUCGACGUAUAAUCAGAAACAUUCAUCAAGGCCAGUAAUUCAGCCUAGAUCUGCCUCUUCAGGGCCAGUAACUCAUGCCUCAGGCAGCACCACUAAACCUUAUCGCUACAUCAACUCCUCCCCUCAGGUGUAUGUGCUGGACAAGGAGGCGGUCAUCAGCUCGUACAGCGACAAAAUGCACGAGGAGCUCAGGUCCAUUGAGAAAAUAGAGUCCACGGGUAGCCUGGCUGUGAGACCAAUCAGCCACAGCUUCAUCACGCCGAGGGGCAAACAAAUUCAAAACAUGAGAGACAGGAUAUGCAAGGGAAGUAACUUCCACACUUCCAAACCCAACAACCUCAAAAAUAAUGACAAUAGAAAAUUCUUGAGCGCUCAGGUUUCAAACAGGAAGCAAUUUUUUCUCGGCUCCGCCCCAAAACGCAGACCUAACGCUGCAGCUGUCAAACAAGAUGCAAAUCUUGUGGUGAAUGGCGACAAGUUCUCCCCCGCCCCAGUUGUGUCCCCCCAGUUUAAAAACUCGCCAUAUUCCAGCAGCGUGCAGCGCGCCACCAUGAACACCCCAGACUCACACGCCUCCUAUGAUAGGUUACCUACCCUGGAGGAAGUGAGCUCAGGUUUGCAGAAGGUCGAGGUCAGUGAAAAUUUGCUGCACCAGGAUGAGCCUCAUUCUGAAUCUCUCAAUCAAAUCACUCACUCAGGAGAUAACAAAACAUUGACUCGUUGAAAUGAGAUUUAAGGGUAUCUAACUCUUAUCUAGUUAAUUUAAACAUAAUUUAGAAACAAAUUUAAUACCUUUUUUAUUCAAACUCUAGAAUAAAUAUAACCAACUUACACUUGAAUAUUGUAAUAAACUUGGACCUGAUAUUCAUUAAAAAAUAACUAGAUCUUCGUUAAAAUAAAUCUGUUCUUUGUAGCAAUUAGAUGAUACCACACUUUCCCUAUUGCCAUAACUGUUGAUGUAAUAGUAGCAGGAACAUCACUAAGAUCUCUAAACUAGAUCCCUACAUGGUGAUCUGAAUGUGUUUAUUCUACAACUCCAGCGACCUGAAUUAUAUAAAAUGUUUAAUUGAAUUACCCACUGUUAUAAGAAAAUGUGUAUCUUUACUAAAUUAGAUGUGACUGGUAAAUGUUUAUUUAUUGUAUUUAUUGCUUUCAUUAUGUUUAUUACAGUUUAUUCUAUUAACAAAUUCUCAGACAUGGAGUCAGAUUUUUUAUUAAUUUAUAAUUUUUGAUGUUGACAAAAAGUUUUUGUAAAUAUUGACCUUUAUGAAAAAUCUGUAUUGAUUUUUUACGCAAUCAAAAUGUAUUAUUAUACUUAGCUUAUAAAUACAAUUUUUGUACCAGAUGAGCAAAGUUCCUUACUUAACCCUGAGUCCAUACAUAAUCACACAAAUUGGGGCAGGUAAUUGCAGCUGGGUAUUGUAAGGAUAUCACUCCUGUCUCGUCCAUGGUCCCACAAUUAUAAUAAUGAUAACAACAAUAAUAACCAUGUGAUGUAUUUUUUAAAAUAGUUUAUUACAACUUACAAGGAGUUAAUGUAAAGAUAUUAUCAGAGCAAAUAGUAACUAUGCUUUUUUUUACAUUUGUUGCUAAAUGUAUUUUGACUUGCCAGUAUUAAUUCUAAGACUGUCCAGUAUUAAGUCUUGAUCCAUUUAGAAUGAUAUAAAAUUUGUUGUAUUUAUAUGCUCAUGUUACCAAUUUUGUAACACAAUAUUUUGUAUGUGGGAACCUAAUUAAAAUGUGAAAU